CCGUCUCCGUUAGACCGAGUAGCGGCGCUCACUCAGUGCUUUCAGCCGGAGCGCAGCGCUCAUCCCGUGGACGGACUGUCCUCGAUCUUCGGCCAAUUUACCCCAUAAUUACCAGCGAACAGGCCGCCCCGCGCCCACUAAACUAACGGGUUAACAUUCCCCUCGGAGCGAGACAGCGGAAUUAGAGAAAAGCGCUGUAUUUCAGGCCAGCUCUCCGCUCGAUCAUGUUUGGGAUUAAUUUCUGAGGUACUACGAUCUGAAGAUCACAUUUUUUCCAGCGCGUGGAGCCUCAGAUCUGCACCGGGACGAAGCGAAAGGACUCAGCGGUCUCUCCUAUCGUGCAGUGCGCUGUCGAAACGAGAGAAGGGAGCAUGCGUGAGUAACAGGUUUCUGUGGCGGGACCUCAAGCUCCUCCCCUCGUCUGGAGCCCCUGCGCUGUAGGAUACGAGACCGUCUUCCUUCACACACUCUGACCUCAGCUCAACAGGUGUAAAGAUGAGGAAGUUUGCGUACUGUAAGGUGGUGCUGGCCACCUCUCUGGUGUGGGUGAUGGUAGACAUGUUCAUCCUCCUCUACUUCAGCGAAUGCAACAAAUGUGAUGACAAAAAAGAGAGAGGAUUGCCAGGGAGAGACACUGUGGUUCAAAGGCCUCAUGACGGCCCAGGGGAGAUGGGAAAGCCAGUGGUCAUCGCUAAAGACCAACAGGAGAGGAUGAAGGAAAUGUUUAAGAUUAACCAGUUUAACCUGAUGGCCAGCGAGAUGAUUGCACUCAACCGAUCUUUACCGGAUGUGCGUCUCGAGGGGUGUAAAACAAAGGUGUAUCCAGACGAUCUCCCACGCACCAGUGUGGUGAUUGUGUUCCAUAAUGAAGCGUGGACCACUCUGCUCCGAACGGUCCACAGCGCCAUCGACAGGUCACCAAGACACCUGCUGGAGGAAAUCGUGCUGGUGGAUGACGCCAGUGAGAGAGACUUCUUGAAGAGGCAGUUGGAGCAGUACGUGCGGAAGCUGGAGGUUCCUGUCAGGGUGGUACGGAUGGAGCAGCGCUCAGGCCUGAUUCGCGCUCGGUUGAAGGGGGCGUCCAUCUCCACAGGUCAGGUGAUUACCUUCCUGGAUGCCCACUGUGAAUGCACCACCGGCUGGCUAGAGCCUCUGCUCACUCGCAUCAAACUUGACAAGAAAACCGUAGUGUGUCCCAUCAUUGACGUGAUCAGCGAUGACACGUUUGAGUACAUGGCAGGCUCUGAUAUGACAUAUGGUGGCUUCAACUGGAAGCUGAACUUCCGCUGGUAUCCGGUACCACAGAGAGAGAUGGAUCGCAGAAAAGGAGACAGAACACUGCCUGUCAGGACCCCCACUAUGGCAGGUGGUCUCUUCUCCAUAGACAGAGGUUAUUUCCAGGAGAUUGGCACAUAUGAUGCAGGCAUGGACAUUUGGGGAGGAGAGAACCUGGAGAUGUCCUUCAGGAUUUGGCAAUGCGGGGGGGCGCUUGAGAUCGUCACGUGUUCUCACGUCGGUCACGUGUUCCGUAAGGCGACGCCGUACACGUUCCCUGGUGGAACUGGCCAGAUCAUCAACAAAAACAACAGGCGGCUGGCAGAGGUCUGGAUGGAUGAGUUCAAGAACUUCUUCUACAUCAUCUCACCUGGUGUGACGAAAGUGGAUUAUGGAGACAUCUCAUCCAGAACAUCCCUGAGACAGAGACUGCAGUGUAAGCCGUUCUCCUGGUACCUAGAAAAUGUUUACCCAGACUCCCAGAUACCACGCCACUACUACUCGCUGGGAGAGAUCCGUAAUGUUGAGACUAACCAGUGUCUGGAUAACAUGGCCAGGAAAGAGAAUGAAAAAGUGGGCAUUUUCAACUGCCAUGGCAUGGGUGGAAACCAGGUUUUCUCGUACACAGCCAAUAAAGAGAUCCGAACUGAUGACCUCUGUUUGGAUGUGUCUAAACUCAAUGGUCCGGUUAUGAUGCUCAAGUGCCAUCACUUGAAAGGCAACCAGCUCUGGGAAUAUGACCCUGUGAAGCUGAGCCUGGUACACGUGAACAGUAAUCAGUGUUUGGAUAAGGCGUCUGAAGAUGACAGUCAGGUGCCCAGCGUCAAGGACUGCACCGGGAGCCGCUCGCAGCAGUGGCUGCUCCGCAACGUAACACUGCCCGAGAUAUUCUGAGCUCGCACACGGAUGGACAGAUGGACAGACUCUCACACCGUCGCUGAUGGAGAGAACGUGAGAGAAAGGACUGCUUUCCUCUCAAUCCUGGUGGUCUGCCUUCAAAUGAUCUCAAAGAGCAGAACCGCAUACAGUAUGUAUAUGAAUCUCCCCAUCACUCCACCUUUGCAGAGGAAAAGAACGAACGAUGGAGAGAAAGACUCGUGGAGAAAGAAACUUGAGUUUGAUGCCGUUAUCCUCCUCGUUCGAGGGGCAGCGGGCAUUUUGGUUAUGUUUACGAGAACGCCUCCCUUUUAGAGUAUCAGUGUGUGUGUUUAGGUGUGUGUGCGUGACGGGAAUGCGCGAGUCAGUGUUUUCCACAGGAGUUUCGCCCUUUUUUAAGUUAAAUAUUUUUUCAAGCCUUGUAGAAAUGAAGGGUAUCUAGCACAUGAAGGAGAGGCUGAAGUGUGUCUGAGUGCAUGUGAGAUUUCAAGUGUGUCACAUUAGGAUGGAUCUACUGUCAGUGGACGUUACAGUGGUCUGCUAUCCGUUUGAUGCAGGGGCUCCCCCUACUGGCCACCGACACACACUGACCUGUCUAUCAAUCUUUAUCUCAGCCAGUGGACUACCUGCAAUCAAUCACCGUAUAGAGCUAUAAUCAAGGAAAAAAGGAUGACUGUCUGACCAGGAUGUUUUUCAUAUCAUCAGUGUUCAUGUAACUUUUUUUACACCAGAGGUUGAUACUUUUUUUUUGGUUUCUGCAUUUUUGAGUGCCACGUACAAGCACUUUUCACUUGUUUGGUGUUGUUUUUUAUGUCAAGUCUGUCUAUUAAAGAUAUUAUUGUAAUUUAACACGCAAUUUCAGGACAGUCCUGAACUCGCCCCGAAUUUUUGCCUUCCUUUGGGUUCCAGCCCUUCAGCUGACAUGGUUUACCCAUAAGCACGUGGGUUGAUUGGGAAGAGAUGGAUCAUCUUCUGUCAUAUCAUCCAACUGUACAAGGGCUUGGUCUCACUGUGUACAUGCACGAGAAAGAACUCUUUCGUCUGAUAUCUUUCUUUGUUUACGUUCACUUUAAAUUGUUACUGGCUUUUGUGUAAAAUUUCUUUAAUUCAUCACCUCAUUUGGCAUCUGAAGGUGAAAGAAGGCUGCUUGCCACAUUUCAACUGAUGUCUGAUAGCCUAAAGAGAUUGUCCUGCAUUUCAGAUUCAUGAGAUUUCAUUCUUCUGAUUUUAUUUUCAAAUGGUCUGAGAUUUCAUUUGAGCUGUGAUGGUUGAAGAUGGUUGGAAAAGGAAAUUGAACCCCUCUGUUUUGAGAUUUGUCACGUGGAAUCAGGAUUUUUUUUUUUUCCCCUUGAAAACGCUUGACCCUGUCUAAAUACUUUAAAUGAUCUGUACCCUUUUUGUCCUAAAAGUGUCACUGUGUACCAAAAAAUGCAUUCUAAAUUGUAAGAUUCUAGAUUCUAAAACAAAAGUUUCAAAAUAAAGAUAAGAAAAGGUCAAAUGUGAGUUUCUAAAUUGUAAGAUUGUAAAUGCACAUUGGAGAUUCUUAAAAAGAUUCAAGACUCUAUAGAUUCAAAAUUUUAAAUCUCUAAAUAUAGAUUCUAGAUUCUAAAAAAGAUUCUAAAUAUAGUCUACAUUCUGAAAAAAACUAAAAGAUUCUAAGUAAUGAUUGUAAAUUGUGAGAUUCUGAAUUGUAAGACUGUAAAUACAGAUUCUAAAUUGUAAAUAAAAGGGCAGUUUCCUUGCAGACUCAGAGGAUGGGUGAGGAUCUUGCGAGUAUUUGGACAGGGCCUCAAGAUCAUCUGUAGAGAUGUGCGAGUGUGAACAAGCGUCUGUGUUUAUAUUUGUCAAAGGGAUGUCUUUUGUUUUUGUCUUUUUUGUUGAAUUGAUGAGGGUCUGGCCUGCUGAUUGGUGGGUUAGAGAGCCCUGUGUUGAGAUGAUCCACAGGCUGGAGAAAUAAACCACAGAAAGUUUACAGUCCAACUUCUCUAUUAGCCUGUAUGAUCUUUGUUCAUGUGCACACAUGCAGUUUCAUGGUUACAAAAGUUUUAUUGAGAACUGUGCAGUUGGUUUAAGUUCCUCGGCAGUGGUUAAUAGGUUUUUGUUGCACAAUGGGGCACCAUGCAAUGCAGGGUUGUUAAGGUAUUGUGCUGGAUUUUGUACUCUCAGGCUUAAACAUUAUCAAAAUUAUCAUAACUUUUAUCAUUCUUGUGCAAGUGCAAGGUUCAAGUUUCAUAGUUAGAGUUUUGCCUUGCUUUGGUUUAUCACUUGGUGGCACAGUAGAUACUCAACACUAAGAUCUCAGACCCCUGCACUCACAAGACUGAAGUACUGACAAGAACACUUGCAGUUACUCUAAUGAUCUAAUUAGCCAGUGUUUGCCUUAGAGAAAUAAAAUUGGAGAAAGUCUUAUUGUAUUUU